UUGUUUUGUGAUGUAAUCCCCAUGUCAAAUACAGUAGAUACAACUCCCCCCUCCCCUUGGUAUUUGGCGAUUUGCCCUCCGUCGCAUGCCUCUCUAGCGAAGAGAAGCUACCCCUUGGCAAAGACACUGCUUUCAGGAAGAAUAUCAAUAUUCUACUCCAUUAAAAUCUCGAUGUCAACAUGUCGACAGUCAUGUUUAAAAGUGUUGGUGCCAUUACCAGGGCCUUUGUAACAUCAAACAUCAUCACCCGUAAAACACAACAUCAGCUGUGUCGAUUAUUCUGCGUCCAGCCGAAACCAAAACCAAGGGAUGUUAUUUUAUUCCCUGGUCAGGGAAGCCAAUAUGUUGGAAUGAUUCCUCACCUCACAAAGCUGCCUUCAGGAAAACGAUUGUUUGAGAUUGCGAACGAGAUCUUGGGUUACGAUUUGUUGGGAAUAUGCCUGAAUGGGCCCAAGGCUGAACUUGACAGAACAGUGCAUUGUCAACCAGCUGUGUUUGUGGCUAGUCUAGCAGCUCUGGAAAAAUACAAGGAGAUACAGAAUAUAGGUCAGUUAGAAAAAGAGAGCAUUGUUACAGCUGGAUUUAGUGUUGGAGAAUUCGCAUCACUGGUUCUGAGCAAAGCCUUGACAUUUGAAGAUGGCGUAAGAUUGGUCGACAUCAGAGCGAAGGCAAUGCAAAGAGCUUCGGAUGAGAACCCAAGUGGCAUGGUAACGAUUACAGGCGUAGAUGAACAAGAAGUUGAGGAUCUUUUGAAAUCAGUCCGUGAAAUUUUGAAAGAAGAUGUGACGAUAAAAAUAGCCAAUUACUUGUAUCCUCGAGGAUUUGUAUUAGCAGGAGAUAGAAAAGCCAUCGAUUAUCUCUUAAAACUGCCCAAUGGACCGAAGAUAAUUGAACUUUCGGUAAGUGGGGCGUUCCAUACAGCGCUGAUGAAAUUUGCCCAACCAUUUCUGUCUGACGCCUUGGAUUCCAUGGACGUGCGUUUGCCAGAGAUUGAAGUUUAUUCUAACGUUACUGGGAAACCCUACGAAUCAGUCGAGGACAUUAAGAGAUUACUUCCAAGACAGCUGGUGGAACCUGUGCAGUGGCAUGCGAUAAUGAGGAGCAUUUGUGGAUCAAAAUACGAACAGACUUUCUACGAAAUUGGCCCUGGUCGACAGCUCACGGCAAUCUUAUCCAAGUUAAAUAGAAGCCUGGUUAGGAAAUGUAAGAACAUUGAAAUUUGAGCUGGACAUUGACUAACUAGAGCCCCCAAGACAUGAUUGUCAGUGAAAUGUUUUCUAGCUGUUUUUCCCUCACAAACCAGGAAACAUUGCAUGCCAUUUUAAGCCUCUAUAGUUAAGUUUAUCAGACUGAAUAAUUAUUUCGUCAAGUAAUUGCCAAACUGGCUGGGUGCCUGGCAAACUAUGAAAUACUGUUCCCUGCCAAUGCAUUAUAUAUAUAAAGGCCAAGGUGGAAAAACAGGAACAAUGUUUUCGUAACAAGGGAAAACCUGCGAAGGAACAAUUUUGUUUCAACGACAAGAUUUCAUAGUUUGCCAUGUGUUUCAGUUGUAACGAACUAGUCGUGCAAGACACAAGUUCUGGAUUUACUGCGAAAUGUUUUUCACGCAUCCUUCGUGCUGCGGGGGCGGAGUCGAUGAGGAAUUCCUAUGUCGGGGGAGGACAGACGGGGAAACGUAAAAAAAACAUCCGGAAAUAUUUCCUGAUCUUUCCGUUGGAGAAAGGACAACUGCAUGCACAACAGUUGAACAUGUAAAACGGGUCUACGACUUAAUUGAACUAAUUCAAAGAAUAUGUGCAUUGAACUUCAACGAAAUAGAAGGCAAAACGCCCUUUUUUUGUGGUUUGUCACGCACGUGUGAGUAUGUAAGAUGGAUUCAUGAUGCGCGGGAAAGACGACUGCGAUGAAGAAUUCCCAACAACGUGCUUACCCUCAUGCAUUUGGCUAUUUCUUCAGCGCGUUCGCCUCCUAUAGACACAUGCGUUGUCUCUCCGCCCUAUUUUAAUCUCUGUGACAGAAAUAUAGCGAUUGUGUGUAAUUCCAUGUUGCAUAAGCCUCUCACGUGAAACAUCUAUACACGAGGAACAUGCAUGACAGACUUACGCACGUGUAUAAUUAAGAGUGCGUCAAAUACUGAUUAGCUAAUCUGGUUUAUCCCCGGCGGAUAAGAAAGAUGAGCGGACGUUUCAACUUCAAAUUAAUCCCAAGUGAAUGGAAAUUAUGGCAUUCAGUUCUGCACGCGAAAAACCCCAACAGAGAAGUAUGCCUCCCGUGGCCGUAGGAACUAUAUAAUUCAUUUAUCCAAAAAAAAUGAUUUCGCAUGACAAGGAUUUACAUUGGUUUUAAUCAGUGCUCUCUGUUUAAAGAAUAUUAAGUUUGACUUACAAUGCCUUGCAAUUUUUAUUAAUU